GAUGACUCAAAAAACCUUAUCUCCCCUGCAGGGAUUUUUGCAGCGCAUCCAAAUGCUCUAAGACAGUGACAGGAAGUCUCACCUCACGCAUACAUCUACAUCUGCAACUCAAAAAAAAAAAUGUGUACACACUCAUUUUUACAGGAAAUUUACUUCAGAUGAAGCUUGAGAAAAAGAGAAAGAUGAAAUGCCCUUGUCUCAGUCACGCACAAGAAAAGGACGAUAGUCCCAGCUUCUAGCAAAUUCAACAACUUUUCCAAUAUGGAGGCAACCGGGACCACAGAAAGAAUGAACACAAUGGAUACCACCAUCACUGAUUAUUAUGAUUACCUCAAUGACACACAACCAUGCGACACCAACGUAUCUCUCCUGAACCCGGCCGUCAUGACCGUCAUCUUCUAUCUGGUAUUUGUCCUGGGUCUGCUAGGCAACAGCAUGGUCCUGUGGGUUCUGCUGAAGGUGAUGCGCCUGAAGACCAUGACGGACGUGUGCUUGCUGAACCUGGCGCUGUCUGACCUGCUGAUCGUCCUGUCGCUGCCUUGGUGGGCCCUGUACAACCAGGGUUAUCACUUUGGAGCUCAUGCUGUCUGCAAGGCCAUGGCGGGCGCCUACAACUUGGGCUUCUACAGCGGUAUCCUCUUCGUGACACUGAUGAGCGUUGACCGCUAUUUAGCCAUCGUUCAUGCGGUGUCGACCAUGGGGGCGAGGACACUGCGCUAUGGAGUAGCUGUGAGUCUUGUGAUCUGGAUUAUCUCCUUCUGUGCUGCGCUUCCAGAGGCCAUUUUUGCCGGCAUGACCUUCGAGAACAAUGUCACUCAGUGCUCGAAGAUAUAUCCGUCCCACUCAGUGAAAGUGUGGAAGCUGUUCCGCAAUUUCAGUGAAAAUACCGUAGGCCUCUUCAUCUCCUUGCCUGUCACAGUCUACUGCUACAUCCAGAUCCUGCUGGUCCUGAGGAGGAUGAAGAACUCCAAAAAAGGUCGAGCUAUGAAGCUAAUCUUCACCGUUGUCGCUGCCUUCGUGACCUUCUGGGUGCCGUACAAUGUGGUGGUGUUCCUGCAGACCCUGCAGCACCUGAACAUCAUAGACACAUGCAAUGGCAUUCGAUGGAUCACUGCCGCCUUGGGGCUUACCGAGACCCUGGCGCUUGUCCACUGCUGUGUGAACCCAGUGAUUUAUGCCUUUGUUGGAGAAAAGUUUAGGAAAUGUCUGGCUGGCGUGGUUUCAAAGUAUCUUUUCAAGGUCUACCAGCCCACGCCAAUUCACUCGAAAACCUCGGACGAAACAUCCAACACGAUUUUGUAAGAGACCAGAGACUUACGUAUUUGUAUAUAUUUUUUUUAUAUUAUUUUUUAUAUAUUUUGAGCUAUAGACUGUCUAAAAAGAAAUGUACUACUUAGGACUUACUAGCUUCCACUGAUACGUGUGAAAUCAGCCACUGCCUCUUUUCAAACUCUUUGGAAACUCUUUGACCUACCCAGAAAGAGCAGGAAUGAUUGUGCUCUCUCGGACUCUGGCUGCUGAUGGCAUGAUCAAGGAUUCAAGGAUUUGAACCUGGAAUCAUAGUGACAGUGCCUUACUUAAUCUGCUGGACCACUUGGGGCCCCCACAGUACAUCCUCUAUAUGCCCCUUAACUAACUGUCCCAAAGACUGUAUUGUACAUAAUGUUUAAUACCAAUCAGUUAGCCAUCCGCCUUCCUGACAGAUAUGCUUUGAAGAGUUUGGAAGUUUGAGGCUCUGAGCUCAAGUCAAAGGUAAAUUAUAAAGGGUCUUCUUUUACCCCAAAGAUUGUUCACGGCAACUGUAAUUGUAAAUAGAAAGACAUCAUAAAAUUUCUUUAAAGAUGUA